AUGCGGUUCUCCUUGCCGCUUAUCAGCAUCCUCCUCCCCCUGACCCUGGCCCACCAGCAUCAAUCUCAACAACUCCUCCAAGCAAUCGAUGCAACAGGCCUAACCGUAAAUUCAAUCCCCUACUCCACCCGAGUACACUGGAUGCGUAAAGCAAACGAAGCGCUUUCCCUUCUUUCCUCUCCAUGUCCUUUUGCAGCUUUCGGCACUGUGAUAGUAAAUCAUACAGCUACUACUUCUGGUGAUUUGGGAGAAUUGGUUUGUAUAGGGAUUAAUGAGAAUUCAAAGACUGGAAAUCCUACUUUGCAUGGUGAAAUAGCAGCAAUAGCAAACUGCACAACCAUCCUCAAAGACCCCUCAGGUCCAUACAAUCUCACAGCUUCUCAAGCCCAAUCAGCUUUCUCCUCCCUAUCCCUCUACACAAAUGCAGAGAGUUGUCCCAUGUGUGCUUCUGCAAUCCGUUGGGCAGGCUUCAAAGAAUACAUCUACGGUACUUCCAUCGAUACACUUGUUGAACGUGGUUGGGGUCAGAUUCGUAUAUCGAGUUAUGAUGUCUUCAAGGAGUCCGGGGAUUUGCCGUCGAGGACGAAACUCAUCGCCGGCAUCUUGGCUAAUGAGACGGAUCCUUACUUUUUGUGGCAGUAUGAUGCGGCGUAUCCUUGUCCGAGAGGAUGUGGGAGGAAUAGUGAAGGGGCUGGGUGUACUGCUGUGUAG